GAGAGAGAGCUAAAGGGGUUUCGAGUGAAGAUGAAGGAGGGAAAGCAAUAGAGACGUCACAGCCGACGGUGGCUCCUCCGGCGAAGCACAGCCGACAGCUAGGAGCUCAGCUGUCGGGAAGCAUGAGUUUCAGCAGACAAAUGUCGAAUGAAGACGAGGAGAUGUCGAGGACGGCUUUGUCUGCUAUCAGGGCGAAAGAAGAGGAGAUCGAGAAGAAUAAGAUGGAGAUUAGGGAAAGGGUUCAAGCUCAGCUUGGUCGUGUCGAAGAGGAGACUAAGCGCCUCGCUUUGAUCCGUGAGGAACUUGAAGGUUUAGCUGAACCCAUGAGGAAAGAAGUUGCUUUGGCCAGGAAGAAGAUUGAUUCUGUCAACAAAGAGUUAAAGCCUUUGGGUCAUACUGUUCAGAAAAAGGAACGAGAGUACAAAGAAGCUCUUGAAGCAUUCAACGAAAAGAACAGGGAGAAGGUGCAGCUAAUCACCAAGCUUACGGAGACUCGAGAAUAAUAAAUAAGAUUCAGUGAGAAAGGUGAAUCAGGCCAACAUGCAUGACGGCACAUCCAGAAAGUAAUUUACCUUCUUGAUACCAGCAAUCACAUGCAGCGGAACAAAACCAUGAUCAUCCAUGUGCCCACGAAG